AUUAAGCAAGUGAUUCUUCUCUACCAAUAUAGUAGCCAUGGCCUCCAAAUUAGCUCUCUUUGUUUUCCUUGUCAUUGUUGCGGUGGCUGCUCCGCUUCCUAGAGCCGAAUCCCAGCUUGGUGACCUCGGUUUUAUUCGCAUCGAUGGGACUGUGUUUUGUUCUAUUAAUGGUAGUAUAGGUGCCAAUGGGGCCGUUUUCCCAAAUGCUAUAGUACAACUACGAUGCGGAGCUCGAAAUGUUGUUUCUACUAUAACCAAUCGCUCUGGAGUGUUUUUCAUGGUAGUGUUGGAUCCUCUACAAGUUACUGUCCCCUUCGCGUUGACCAAUUGCAGUCUGGUGGUUGCCACACCCCUCUCCACCUGCAACGCUAGCCUUGCCAAUCUUGGGGGAACCUUACAGUCACCCUUGCAGCUCAACGGGACUAUCGUUUUCGGCCGUCUCCGUCUCACCACCCUUAUUCCAAGGGGGUUCCAAUUGACUCGCGCAACCUGAGCAAUACUAUAAGAGUAAUGUUAGAAAUCAUAUUUUUAUCUCAUAACUAUGCUACAAUGCUGACGCAACAAUUCUAACCAAUCAUUAUUAAAAAAGAAAAAUAAAAUUGGUUAAGUGAGAUUAUUGUGUUAGCAUUGUUGGAUAAUUAUAGAAUAAAAAUACGGUAUAUAUAGCAUUACUUUUACUACAAAGAUAAGUUACAAGCUAGUGCUAAGAUUACACAUGAAUAAGGUUCAUUGUACCAAUGACCAGGAUAUGUAGUAUUUUACUUUCCAACUAGUCCCUAAGAAUUCUCUCUUUUUUGUUUAUAUGAAGGUAAUUGGCAUCCAAAAUGUAAGUCCUUCCCCGAAGCACUUUUGCUGCCUAUAAUGAAUAAAAGCCUUUUUCUACGAAUUUGUAU